ACCCACGAUUGCUACAAACAGUUGUACAGUCAUCCCCGGUGAGACAACUUGCAUCGUUCGUUGCUUAUUCAUAUUAUCUUUUUGGGAUCAAAAUUAUUAACACCUUGGCUGAUAAAGAAGCGCUGCUACCUACAUUAGCUAUUCCAGCAGAAAAGAAAGCUACGAAACGAUGUACCAGUGGAGUGUGUGACGAUAAUUUAGGUGUAUAUGUGUGAGUGCGGCGUGGAUCGUCGCGCAAUUAUUAACGAUGAUUCACUUGUGCGCGGGUGAAAUGCAGCCUAUCGGACUUGUUGACAUUUAUUCUGUAAGCGUAAACAAAUGAUAUCGUGAUCGUGACAGCCAUAUUAUAAUGGUGGAUUGAUUCAUACCCCGUGGAUGAAAAGAGGCAGGCAAGAUGCCGCUCACUCAAGAAAAUCGUUUAGAUAGUAACUUUUCCAACAACAAUGAUCAGAGUUAUCUACAUAAGAAGUUUAAGAAAAUGGCAUCAACAAUUUCGGUGUCUCAAUUAAACACAAACAAAGCAUUAGAAACUCGACAAAUAGAAUCUGAUGUAAUACAGUCUAACAGUAAUGCCUUAAUUUCCAACGGGAGUAUCGCUGCAGCUCAUCCAGAAAUAGAAAAAAUAAAAGAAAAUCCAGAAAAACAUGAAGAUCAAUACAUGGGAAAAAUUGUACAAACUAAUUGUAAUGUAAAUGCUAGGUUAAGUAAUGUAAUCAAUAAGGUUCAAGUAUCUGGUCAAACCAGUUUUACUGAUGAAUUUUCAAAUAAGACUGAGCACUUUGAAAAUGACUUUAUAAAGGAUGCUUCUAAUGGAACAUUAGGUGGACGUUAUGUAUGCCCCUAUUGUAAAUUGUCUUGUGCCAAGCCUUCAGUUCUUCAAAAACAUAUCAGAGCUCACACAAACGAGAGACCUUACCCUUGUGUACCUUGCGGUUUUGCUUUUAAAACAAAAUCUAAUUUAUACAAACAUAGGAGGUCUAGGACACAUGCUUUGAGGUUACAAGGCUCAGAUGUUAACGUUGCUAUCGAAGACGAAUCUGGAGGAUCAGAAAGCGAUACGUCUUUACCUCCUACAUCGAUAUCUGACACUGGUUCAGAUUCUUCUUUAGCACGACAAGAAAAUUUUAAAAGUAAUGAGCUGUCCUGUAUUGAAUUAUCUGACUAUGCGUCGCCAAGUGCGAAUUUAUCGUCUGGUGAUAACAUUAAAUCCAAAUCAAUUUACAAACCUAAGUUCAGAGUAGAAUGUUAUCAAGAAUCCGAUGAAAAAGAUAAAGCAAAGAAAACAAUGUCGCCAAACGCCGAAUUUCUUACUGAACAUAUCUCAAAAAUUAUAUCAGAUAAUGAAGCUAUUGUAGAUGUCACAGAUACACCUUUACAAAAGAAAUAUGGAAAAAUCAAGCAGAUGGCCGAAAGCAAGCAGCUUUUAAGUGAGUGUUUGGAAAUAAAACAGGAAUCAACGCCACUAAAUCUUACUAAAAAUGGCAAUGAAAUGGAAAGUUCAUUUAGGAAAAGAUCUCACUCAGAAAGUUUUUCUCACCUAGAUCUCCAAAAACAUCCACUAAAUCCAGAAGGAUCUAUUAUAAAAGAUCUUCUUCUAAAAACAAAAUCCAAUUGCUUGACAUCUAAUACAGGGGAACUAAUAGAUGGGUUAGGACCAUUAUUUAUAUGCCCUCUUUGCCAGAUAGUAUAUAGAAGUGCGGACAAUUUGGAAAUACAUAGGCUGUAUUACUGCAAAGGUAACCUCAGUAACAUGCAAAUUAAUUCUCAAAAAGACUUAAAAAUUGUAAGACCUGAAAACGUAUUUGUAAGAAGCAAUUCUAUCAAUGUCCGUUUACCUGAAGCGACACCGAAUUCAAUAACCAAAUUACCUCUACGAAGUAAACCGGAUAAUCUCGUCAUAACUAAAACUGAAUCAAAUGAGAUAGUAGCCCCUUUACCUUCACCUGGGCCUCUACUAGGAAAUACAAGACUUGUAGACACAAGGACUCCUGAAUACACAAGGAAAUCCGAAAACGUUAAAAUUAAAUCUACACACAGUCCGAAACGACGAAUUGACAGCAGAUCGGAAACUUACAGUCCUAGAUUAAUUGAAAAUAUUUCACCUCGAACAGAUUUGUAUCCUCAAGCGAAAAUUCGCUGCGUGGAUGGUAAUACUAUAACUACUCGCUCGUUGGAAGAUAUAUCCCAUCACAUGCGAACUAAUUCUACUUCUCUUCAAAUGUUUGGAGGAGAAGUUAAAAUCGUUAAUCAUUCAGGCGGAACAACUACUUUGCGUAUAGAACCAAGUAAAAAUCAAUUAUCACCAAUACUAAUACAGCAAAGUUUAUCUCCAUCAAAACUAACCAAUGAAACCGAAGCGAGUAGCAUAGUAGUCAGAUCAGGAUUACAAUCAGGCGGAACUAUGGUUCAUAAUCCACCGACACCAAAAGAAUUAAUUAAUGCUCCACAAACACCAAGAAUGUCGUCAAUAUCGACUUCUGGAAAUUUACCGAGAAUGCGGGAUAUAACACAUUUUCAAUUUCCACCAUUAAGUGCUAUAACAGCAUAUAAUCCUUUAACGCUGCCACCAUUAAGUCCGUCAUCAUCCCCAAGUGGUGCCACAACAAUUCUUCAUGGAGGAAAACUAAUUCCUCAUGUACCAGGAAUACCCGGACCGAACACACCAGGGGUAUUUCAGGAGAAUCCAAUUUCACAAAUAAAACAUGAUGACCCCAGUAAAAACAGCAAAAGUACAACAAAAUCAAUUAGAGACGAAGCUAAUAACUGUUCUUCAAAUAUUUCAACUUCGAAAGUCAGUUUAAAAUAUGAUAUAUCGAGAAACACUGGAAGUCCAGUAAAACGAUUAGUUUCUUCCGAGUUUAAGCAAAGUAUGCAGGACAAUUUAAUUGAAACACCAACGUAUGUGUCGGCAAUACCAAUAAUAAAAGUAAACAAUGUAGAGGAAUCAUGUAAUAAUACAAAAUCAUAUUCAGCAAUCAAUAAAUCAAUAACCUCAAGACAAGAAGUGUCACUUAAAAGAAAUUACAUAGAAACUAUACCCAGGACACCAGUUCUCAAAGAAAACACUGAUUAUCCACUAAAUAAAUUAAAAGUCAGGGAUAUAAUCACUUUAAACGUUGCAGGAAAAUGUAUAGAAAAUAAAACAGAUGAGGUGAAAAAUUUCAAUUUCGAAAACUUAAUAACCAAGGUAGAAAUAUUUAAUAAUCAAAUGCAAAGUUCAACGGAUGUUCAAAAAAAUGAAGAGGUGGAUAGUACUGGUAUGCCAAAUGAAAGAUCAGAAACAUCAUAUUUUCAAAAGAACAUUACUUCUAAAGCAACUUCAGAAGAAAGAAAACCUAAGUUUUUACGACCAUCGACUUUACCGUUGAAGCCUGGCACAUUCACACCUAAACGGCACCAUGGUAUAACACCUAACGCAAACACUAUGCCCUUGGUGUCACCGGAGACCCCACGUCCGGCAAAGGCUUAUGGGCAGCUUUAUUUGAAUGGAAAUGCUUAUACUUACUUAGGUUUGAAGUGUUCUACAAAGGUGUUCUAUUGCACUAUCAAUCGACCACAGCCUACAUACGUUCCUAAUCAACACUUCUUAUCAAUGUACAGCAAUUGGCAGUUACUAUCGGAACUGACGCCAGAUCCACUCGGAUUAUCAACGUCAAUAGCUAUGUCUCUCUAUGACUCACGCCAUCGUCCUCAAAAAACUUCUAUAGCAACCAUCAAACAAGAUCUCAUACUGACUCAUUCUUCAAAAUGGAAUAAAAAUUUGAAAGAAAUUAUGCAGACUCAUACAAUAGCAGAAAGUAAGAAACAUGAUGAGAAUAAACUUCAGUUAUUAGAUGCAACAACACCAAAAAAAGAACUUGCUGGAGGAUUCGAGAGCAAUGAGGAAUAUACGUAUGUACGUGGUCGUGGCAGAGGAAGAUAUGUUUGUUCCGAAUGUGGAAUACGUUGUAAGAAACCAUCAAUGUUAAAGAAGCAUAUCCGUACUCACACAGAUGUGCGGCCGUACACUUGUACUCAUUGCGCUUUUAGUUUUAAAACAAAAGGAAAUUUGACGAAACACAUGAAGAGUAAGGCGCAUUACAAAAAAUGUUGUGAAUUAGGAAUCAAUCCAAACGAAGAUAACGAUGGCGAAGGUGGUGAAAUGAUGCAGUGUUCAGGGGAAACUGAUGAUGACACAGAAUCUGAUGGAGAUGAAGGCAACGAGGGAGAGACUGAAUCUAGCGAUACUGAAGCUUGCAAAUCAAGAUUACCGGAACAUGAAGCGGCGCAUUGUUUAUUAUCGCUAGGAGGUUCUCGUCCAACGACGACUACUACUCCUGGUUUGAUAACAAGUGCGCGACCAUCCACCUAUCCGUACACUCCAGUAGGGUUAGAUAAAUUAUCUUCAGACAUAACACAAGAAAAACUUAUUAGCAUCAGCGGCACUUCAGUUGAUUCUGGAGUGGACAUUGAAAAUGAACCAAUGGAUCUUAGCAAGAACGAAUCAAAACCAUUUCCCAGCAUUCCUGAAAUCCCAACCGCUCGAGAGUCGAGUGUUCUUGCAUCACUGGCUUCAAACACAGCUAAGCUUCCACAGCAUCAGACUCAAUGGUCAAAUGGAGAGCCAAUGUUACACACUUAUUUGACAGAACGCGCGCUUCUAGAUUCUAAAAUAAAACAAAGUCAACUCACAUCCAAUUUAACCAAAUUAAGGAAAAUAGAAUUGGAUAAAUCUGCUUUAACCGAAAACAAUAAAGCCGUUGAAACCAAUAUCAAUAUUUCAAUUUCCAGUAAAGGCACUACAUGUUCACCUAAAAUUUCUCCGAAAAAUAAUUACAAUACACAGAUGACUGAAAAUGAUAAUCUAAAAAGUUUAGCUCCGUCAACAGAAGACAGUCUAUGUAAAGUAAGGGAGUCUCCACUACCCGAAAAUAUACCGACCGAAAUGAAGAAGAUACGGGCAUCAACUCAAAGUAAUUCCGAAAAUGCAAAAUACGUAGUAUCAGAGUAUUUAAAACAAGCUAGACUAAAUAUGAAAUUACAAGAAGAAAAUUUUACCGAUAAUACAAAAGAUGAUGGUAAUAACAUAAAAGACAAUGAAGACACUAUUCAUGUUAAUGAUGUCAGCGCUGAUGCAGAAUCCUUGAAAUUGCCAACUUUAGAUCAUGAUCCGGUUGCAAGGAAAGUUGUUAUUGGAGUUGGUGGUGUGGCGUUUAAAGUUAGUAAAGGAAAGGAAUUUGAAAAUGCGUCUUUUUCGCCUGGACGACUUAUGGAAGAUGGACGGAGAGUGUGCGACUUCUGCAAUAAGACAUUCACGAAACCUUCUCAACUCAGAUUGCAUCUUAAUAUACAUUAUAUGGAGAGGCCUUUCCGAUGCAGUGUUUGUGCAGUUAGUUUCAGAACAAGAGGACAUCUCCAAAAACACGAACGUUCAGGUUCUCAUCACAACAAAGUGUCAAUGACAUCGACAUUCGGAGCGGCGACUUCUUUUAAUCCUCGCCCUUUCCGAUGUUCUGAUUGUAACAUUGCGUUUAGAAUUCAUGGGCAUUUAGCUAAACAUCUAAGAAGCAAGAUGCAUGUAAUGCGGCUAGAAUGUUUAUUCAAGUUGCCUUUUGGGACAUUUACUGAAAUCGAACGGGCUGGAGUUAGUUUAACAGAUAUUGAUACGACCGAUUGCGCAAGUUCACUCGCCAGUUUACAGUCCCUUGCUCAGAAGCUUCACGAGAGAGAUCCAACCAAAUUGGACUUUCUAGAAGGCGGCAGUGCUGUCACAUCGACAGCAACUGCUAGUAAAGACUCUUCUGAUGAUGAAGAAACUGGUUUGGACAAAAUGUACAUUGAUAGUGAAAGAGACAGUGAGAAAAAGACUAACGAAAAUAUUGAAGGACUGAAUGGAGAAACACGAGUUAAUUGUAGUGCCACAGAUAAUUAGUGCCAAAAUUAAUUUGAUAAGUAGGAUAUUUUAAUGUGCAAUUUUGUUUAAUUGUUAAUUUAAGAUGUAAGUCUUCAUACUGGGGUUUGACUCGGGAUUUGUAAAAACAAAAUUAUGCGCUUUAAUUAUAUACAUAUUUGAAUUUAGUUUCAAUAUAAUUGCAAGUACCUUGUAAAUAUUUGAAAUCGAUAUAAUUUUAAAAUUGUUACAUUUGCUUCCAUUAUAAGGCUUACGAUACGAUAUUUGUUACUAAAUAAGAAAAAUGUUAAAAGUUCCGAACUUCAAAAAUUUUGAAGUUUUAACUUAAAAGUGGUCCAGGUUUAGGUAACGUUUAAAAUAUCAGUGAGACAUAUUACAAACAAUUUGAGAUGUAGUGAAGUUUAUCUUCUAACGUACCGUUCUACUUUUUGUAUGUAUUUUUAUAAAAUAUAUACCAUGACGUAUU